AUGGUGUUCUACUUCAAAGCCAGACCAGAGGCAGGAGAUUACACUAUUUUUAUGGGUCUUGACAAGUACGAGAACGAGGAGCUUAUCAAAUAUGGUUUCCCUGAAGACAUCUGGUUUCAUGUGGACAAAAUGUCUUCUGCCCAUGUUUAUUUAAGGCUCCAUAAAGGUCAGACAAUCGAUGAUAUAAGCGAAGGUGUACUUGAGGAUUGCGCGCAGCUUGUCAAAGCAAAUUCAAUCCAAGGCAACAAGGUGAACAACAUUGAUGUUGUUUACACUCCCUGGGCCAAUUUGAAGAAAACUGCUUCCAUGGAUGUAGGCCAAGUCGGCUUCCACAAUUCGAAGAUGGUUCGAACUGUGAGAGUGGAGAAGCGGAUAAAUGAGAUAGUUAAUAGAUUGAACAAAACAAAGGUGGAAAGAAAGCCUGAUUUGAAAGCUGAGAGAGAAGCAGUCAGUGCAGCAGAAAGAGCAGAGAGAAAGCUUCAUCUGAGAGAUAAAAAACGACGUGAGGAAAUGGAUAGGCUUGAAAAGGAGAGACAGGCAGAGACGAGGAGCUACAAGGGUUUGAUGGUGGCUGAAAAGAUGACAUCUAAUAAACAAAUAGCAUCUGAAAACAAGUCCUUGCAGGAGCUGGAAGACGACUUUAUAAUAAGUUCUGAUCCUUUGAAGUUUCAGUAUUCUGGUUUUGAGGAUUGCUUGAUCAAAUUUUAUGUCAUUAACUCUUCAAGGGUUUCAAGAAAUGACCGACUGGCCUUCGGUCUUAAUCACCUGACAUGGUGGCAAUUUAUUCCUACAGGUGGUUCCCUUCUCAUAGUUGAUUUGUUGGUUUUCAGCGUCACGGGCAUAUCCUUUCAGUUUACAAAUGGAAAAGUGGAGAUUGAAUUAGAUGAAUUCUUUGUGAGUUUACGUACCAGUGCAUCUUAG